GGCGAGCGCGGCGCCCGUUCCUCCCGGCGCGGCUUCGCUCUCCCUCCUCCCCUUUCUCCCCUCCCUCCUUCCCACCCUCGCCCUUCCCGCUCCCUUUCCCGGCGGCGGGGGGGGGGGUUCUCUCCCGGCCUCGGCGGAGGCGGCGAUGGGGAUGGCCGGGUUUUUGUCGCUGCGCUGCCGCGCCGGCUGCUGACCCCGCACCGCCCGCGCCUCCCGCGGACACCCCGCGCCAGGAAACACCAACAGGAAGGAUAAUUUGAAAGGCUGUUGGUCACUUCCAACCCCUUGAGUGCACCCCAAGCAGCCAGGAUGUCGGGGGCUUCGGUGAAGGUGGCUGUGCGGGUGCGGCCCUUCAACUCCCGGGAAACCAGCAAGGAGUCCAAAUGUAUCAUCCAGAUGCAAGGCAAUUCAACCAGUAUUAUCAACCCAAAGAACCCUAAGGAAGCACCAAAGUCCUUCAGCUUUGACUACUCGUACUGGUCCCACACAUCGCCCGAAGAUCCCUGCUUUGCGUCGCAGAGCCGCGUGUACAAUGACAUCGGGAAGGAGAUGCUCCUGCACGCCUUCGAGGGCUACAACGUCUGCAUCUUCGCCUACGGCCAGACCGGCGCUGGCAAAUCCUACACCAUGAUGGGCAAGCAGGAGGAGAGCCAAGCAGGCAUCAUCCCCCAGCUGUGUGAGGAGCUGUUUGAGAAAAUCAAUGACAACAGCAAUGAGGAAAUGUCAUAUUCUGUAGAGGUGAGUUACAUGGAGAUUUACUGUGAGAGGGUCAGGGACUUGCUGAACCCGAAGAACAAGGGGAACCUGCGGGUGCGAGAACAUCCUCUCCUCGGGCCCUACGUGGAGGAUCUGUCCAAGCUGGCAGUGACAUCCUACACAGACAUUGCAGACCUCAUGGAUGCUGGGAACAAAGCCAGGACUGUGGCAGCCACCAACAUGAACGAAACCAGCAGCCGCUCCCAUGCUGUGUUUACAAUUGUCUUCACUCAGAAGAAACACGACACAGAAACUGAUCUUUCCACAGAGAAGGUCAGCAAGAUCAGCCUGGUGGAUCUGGCUGGGAGUGAACGAGCUGACUCCACUGGGGCCAAAGGAACCCGGCUAAAGGAAGGAGCAAAUAUAAACAAGUCCCUCACAACUCUGGGCAAAGUUAUUUCAGCCCUGGCUGAAGUGGAUAACUGCACCAGCAAGAGUAAAAAAAAGAAGAAGACAGAUUUUAUACCCUACAGGGAUUCUGUGCUGACGUGGCUGCUCCGAGAAAAUCUAGGUGGUAACUCCAGAACUGCAAUGGUUGCUGCUCUCAGUCCAGCAGACAUAAACUAUGAUGAAACUCUGAGCACUUUAAGAUACGCCGACCGCGCGAAGCAGAUUAAAUGCAACGCUGUCAUCAACGAGGACCCCAACGCCAAGCUGGUGAGGGAGCUGAAGGAGGAGGUGACGAGGCUGAAGGAUCUGCUGCGUGCUCAAGGGCUGGGAGAUAUUAUCGACAUUGAUCCAAUGGGAGAUGAAUACUCUGGAAGUGGAGUCAAAUAUCUGAAAGAUUUUCAGAACAAUAAGCAUAGAUACUUGCUAGCCUCCGAGAAUCAACGUCCUGGCAAUUUUUCCACAGCCUCCAUGGGGUCCCUCACUGCCUCUCCAUCCUCCUGCUCUCUCAGUAGUCAGGUGGGCUUAACAUCUGUGUCCAGUAUACAGGAAAGAAUCAUGUCAACACCUGGAGGAGAGGAGGCCAUCGAGCGUUUGAAGGAAUCCGAGAAGAUCAUUGCAGAGCUGAAUGAAACAUGGGAAGAGAAACUGAGGAAAACCGAGGCCAUCAGGAUGGAAAGGGAGGCUUUGCUGGCAGAAAUGGGAGUUGCCAUUCGGGAAGAUGGAGGAACCCUGGGAGUCUUCUCACCUAAAAAGACUCCCCAUCUUGUGAACCUUAAUGAAGAUCCUCUCAUGUCUGAGUGUCUGCUGUACUACAUCAAAGAUGGCAUCACCAGGGUCGGCCAGGCUGAUGCUGAGCGAAGGCAGGACAUCGUCCUGAGCGGGGCUCACAUCAAGGAGGAGCACUGCAUCUUCAGAAGUGAGAGGAACAACAAUGGGGAAGUUAUUGUUACUCUGGAGCCUUGUGAACGAUCAGAGACCUACGUGAAUGGCAAGAGGGUGGUGCAGCCCGUGCAGCUGCGCUCGGGAAAUCGUAUCAUCAUGGGGAAAAAUCACGUCUUCAGAUUCAACCACCCAGAGCAAGCACGGGCAGAGAGAGAGAAAACACCCUCAGCUGAGACUCCCUCGGAGCCAGUUGACUGGACAUUUGCCCAGAGGGAGCUCCUGGAGAAGCAGGGCAUUGACAUGAAGCAGGAGAUGGAGAAAAGAUUACAAGAAAUGGAGAUUUUAUAUAAGAAGGAGAAGGAGGAAGCUGAUCUCUUGCUGGAGCAGCAAAGACUGGACUAUGAGAGCAAACUGCAGGCCCUGCAGAAGCAGGUGGAGACUCGGUCCUUGGCUGCUGAAACCACAGAGGAGGAGGAGGAGGAAGAAGAAGUGCCCUGGACACGCCACGAGUACGAACUCGCCCAGUGGGCUUUCAGGAAGUGGAAAUUCCACCAGUUCACUUCCCUGAGGGACCAGCUCUGGGGAAAUGCAGUGUAUCUGAAAGAAGCCAAUGCAAUCAGUGUGGAGUUAAAGAAAAAGGUGCAGUUCCAGUUUGUGCUGCUCACAGACACCCUGUACUCCCCUCUGCCUCCGGAGCUGCUGCCCACGGAGCUGGAGAAGAGCCGGGACCACCGGCCUUUCCCUCGCACCGUGGUGGCCGUGGAAGUCCAGGACCUGAAGAAUGGAGCAACUCACUACUGGUCCUUAGAGAAACUCAAGCAGAGGCUGGAGCUGAUGCGGGAGAUGUACGACAGGGCUGGGGAAAUGGCCUCCAGCAGCCAGGACGAGGCCGAGAGCACCAUGACGGGCAGCGACCCCUUCUACGACCGCUUCCACUGGUUCAAGCUGGUUGGCAGCUCCCCCAUAUUCCACGGCUGCGUCAACGAGCGCCUGGCCGACCGCACGCCCUCCCCCACUUUCUCCACGGCCGACUCCGACAUCACUGAACUGGCCGAUGAGCAGCAGGAUGAGAUGGAGGACUUUGAUGAUGAGGCCUUUGUGGAUGACACUGGCUCCGACGUGGGAACUGAGGAGGGAUCGGACCUCUUCAAUGAUGGGCGCGACCCGUUUUACGACCGAUCCCCCUGGUUCAUUUUAGUGGGAAGAGCAUUUGUGUACCUGAGCAACCUGCUGUACCCGGUGCCGCUGAUCCACAGGGUGGCUGUUGUGAGUGAGAAGGGAGAGGUGCGAGGGUUCCUGCGCGUGGCGGUUCAGGCCAUUGCAGCUGAUGAAGAAGCCCCAGAUUAUGGAUCUGGUAUCAGACAGUCUGGCACAGCUAAAAUUUCCUUUGACAACGAGUACUUUGACAAGAGUGAUUUUUCUUCGGUUGCAAUGACUCGGUCUGGGCUGUCACUGGAGGAAUUGAGAAUUGUGGAAGGGCAAGGACAGACAUCAGAGGUCACCACUCCUCCAGAGGAGAUCAACAGAAUGAAUGAGCUGGACUUGAAGUCAGCCACUUUGGAUGGGAAGAUGACUCUGGAAGGAUUCACUGAGGAGAUUGGGGACCACCUGAAGCUGGGCAGUGUGUUCACCUUCCGGGUGACAGUGCUCCAGGCCAGUGGCAUCCUGCCUGAAUAUGCAGAUAUCUUCUGCCAGUUCAACUUUUUGCAUCGGCACGAUGAAGCUUUCUCCACAGAACCUCUCAAAAACAACGGCAGAGGGACUCCCCUGGGCUUCUACCACGUCCAGAAUAUUGCCGUGGAAGUGACGGAAUCCUUCGUGGAGUACAUCAAAACAAAGCCUAUUGUCUUUGAGGUCUUUGGGCAUUACCAGCAGCAUCCUCUCCACCUGCAAGGGCAGGACCUCAACAGCCCUCCACAGCCUUCCCGGAGAUUCUUUCCUCCCCCCAUGCCACUGUCAAAGCCAGUGCCAGCCACAAAGCUGAACACCCUGAGCAAACCCAGCCUGGGCCAGAGUGUGAGCAAAUACGACCUGCUGGUGUGGUUUGAGAUCAGCGAACUGGAGCCAACGGGGGAGUACAUCCCUGCCAUCGUGGAUCACACUGGGGGCCUGCCCUGCCAGGGGACCUUCCUGCUGCACCAGGGAAUCCAGCGGAGAAUCACAGUCACCAUUAUCCAUGAGAAGGGCAGUGAGCUGCACUGGAAAGAUGUGAGGGAGCUGGUUGUUGGGCGUAUAAGAAACAAAGCAGAGGUGGAUGAGGCUGCUGUGGAUGCCAUUCUGUCUUUGAAUAUUAUCUCUGCAAAAUACCUGAAGUCCUCUCACAGCUCCAACAGGACUUUCUACCGGUUUGAAGCAGUUUGGGACAGUUCCUUGCACAACUCCCUCCUCCUCAACCGAGUGACCCCGUAUGGAGAGAAGAUCUACAUGACCCUCUCUGCUUACCUGGAGCUGGACCACUGCAUCCAGCCCGCAGUCAUCACCAAGGACGUGUGCAUGGUGUUCUACUCCAGGGACGCCAAGAUCUCCCCGCCCCGCUCGCUGCGCAACCUCUUCGGCAGCGGCUACUCCAAAUCCCCCGACUCCAACCGAGUCACGGGGAUCUACGAACUGAGUUUAUGCAAAAUGGCAGACACGGGCAGUCCAGGAAUGCAGAGGAGGAGGAGGAAAGUCCUGGAUACAUCUGUGGCAUAUGUGAGGGGAGAAGAGAACCUGGCAGGCUGGAGGCCCAGGGGUGACAGCCUCAUCCUGGAGCAUCAGUGGGAACUGGAGAAACUGGAGCUGCUGCAUGAGGUGGAAAAAACCCGGCAUUUCCUUCUGCUGCGUGAAAAGCUCGGUGACAGCAUCCCCAAGUCCCUGAGUGACUCGCUGUCCCCCAGCCUGAGCAGUGGCACCCUCAGCACCUCCACCAGCAUCUCCUCCCAGAUCUCCACCACGACCUUCGAGAGCUCCGUGACGCCCAGCGAGAGCAGCGGCUACGACUCGGCCGACAUCGAGAGCCUGGUGGACAGGGAGAAGGAGCUGGCCACCAAGUGUCUGCAGCUCCUAACUCACACUUUCAAUCGGGAAUUCAACCAGGUGUACAACAGCAUCAGUGAUUGUAAGCUGUCGGAUAUUUCUCCCAUCGGGCGGGACCCGUCCGUGUCCAGUUUCAGCAGUGCAACCCUCACCCCUUCAUCUACCUGCCCUUCUCUGGUGGAUUCCAGAUGCAACUCGAUUGAUCAGAAGACACCAGAAGCAAAUUCUCGUGCCUCCAGUCCCUGUCAUGAGGUGGAACAGUUCCAGAUAAUUCCUGCAGUAGAAAGUUCCUAUCUUGCCAGAGCUGGAAAGAAUGAGUUCCUAAACCUCGUUCCUGAUAUUGAGGAAAUCAGGCCAGGCUCUGUGGUGUCCAAGAAAGGAUACCUCCACUUCAAGGAGCCCCUCUCCACCUCCUGGGCCAAGCACUUCGUGGUGGUUCGCCGGCCCUACGUUUUUAUUUACAACAGUGACAAAGAUCCUGUAGAAAGAGGAAUCAUAAACUUAUCCACAGCCCAGGUGGAAUACAGUGAGGAUCAGCAGGCAAUGGUAAAGACACCCAACACCUUUGGGGUGUGCACAAAGCACCGUGGGGUCCUGCUGCAGGCCAUCAACGACAAGGACAUGAACGACUGGUUAUACGCCUUCAAUCCGCUCCUCGCUGGCACAAUUCGGUCAAAACUGGCUCGAAGGCGCACGGGCCAGAUGAAGUACUGAGUCCAUGUAAUGUUCUCAUCUGUCCCCCUGCCUCACUCCUGGUAGAUAGUGUUACCUCUCAUUUUCUCUUCGUGAUUCUUGACAGUUUUCUCUUGUAUGUAAUCCUGUGGCUUAACAUCCCCCACCUGCCCCACCACUCCUUCAGCACAUUUUCUAGGUAUUCUUAACCCUCCCUUUGUUUCUUUUCACCUGUACCAGAACUGUACUAGUAGCAUGUGGCCAAACAAAAA